UGACGCCACGUCACCGCGUAAACAGAAAACAUGGCGGCGUCUGUCCGGGAGAAGCAGGCAGCUGCUCUGAAGCGCAUGCUGAAUUUUAAUGCUCCCCCUCUGAAGAACACAGCAUCUGAACCAGUAUGGAAGGUGCUGAUCUACGACCGCUUCGGUCAGGACAUCAUCUCUCCUCUCCUGGCUGUCAAGGAGCUACGUGACAUGGGCAUCACACUGCACCUUCUGCUCCACUCUGACAGAGACCCCAUCCCAGAUGUUCCAGCCAUCUACUUUGUGAUGCCCACCGAAGAAAACAUCGACCGCAUCUGUCAGGACCUGAGGAACCAGCUGUAUGAGUCCUACUGCCUGAACUUCAUCUCGGCCGUCAGCCGGAGCAAACUGGAGGACAUCGCUAGCUCUGCACUGGCGGCUAACGCGGUCACCCAGGUUACCAAGGUUUAUGAUCAGUAUCUGAACUUCAUCACCCUGGAGGACGACAUGUUUAUCCUGAGUCACCAGAACAAAGAACUCAUCUCCUACCAUGCCAUCAACAAACCAGACAUACUGGACACAGACAUGGAGGCCAUCAUGGACACGAUGGUGGACUCCCUGUUCUGCUUCUUCGUCACUCUGGGUGCCGUACCGAUCAUCAGAUGUCCGACAGGAAAUGCUGCUGAGAUGGUCGCCGUGAAGCUUGAUAAGAGGCUGCGGGAGAACCUACGAGACGCCAGGAACAGCCUGUUCACCGGAGACACCAUGACCGGGGGCCAGUUCAGUUUCCAGAGACCUCUGUUUGUUCUGGCCGAUCGUAACCUGGACCUGGCCACGCCCCUCCACCACACCUGGACCUAUCAGGCGCUCAUCCACGACGUCCUGGACUUCCACCUGAACAGGGUGUCAAUGGAGGAGGGUUUGGGGGCGGAGUCUUCCCCGGCCGGCGCCAGACCAAAGAAGAAGAACCGCAAGACGUACGACCUCACGGCCGUGGACGCCUUCUGGCAGAAACACAAGGGCAGCCCGUUCCCAGAGGUGGCGGAGUCGGUCCAGGAGGAGCUGGACCGGUACCGUGCCCAGGAGGAUGAGGUCAAGAGGCUGAAGACCAUCAUGGGUUUAGAGGGAGAGGAUGAGGGGGCGAUCAGCAUGCUGUCGGACAACACAGCCAAGCUCACCUCAGCUGUCAGCUCUCUUCCUGAGCUGUUGGAGAAGAAGCGACUGAUCGACCUCCACACCAACGUCGCCACGGCCGUACUGGACCACAUCAAGAGUCGUAAGCUGGAUGUGUACUUUGAGUACGAGGAGAAGCUGAUGAGUAAAUCUACUCUAGACAAAUCCCUGCUGGAUGUCAUCAGUGACCCUGACGCCGGGACCCCCGAGGAUAAGAUGCGGUUGUUUCUGAUCUACUACAUCACCGCCCAGCAGGUUCCAUCCGAGUCUGACCUGGAGCAGUAUAAGAAGGCUCUCUUGGACGCCGGCUGUGACCUUUCACCACUCAACUACAUCAAGCAGUGGAAGGCCUUCACCAAGAUGGCCGCCACUCCGGCCAGCUAUGGCAGUGGGGGGGUGAAACCCAUGGGUCUGUUCUCCAGAGUGAUGAACUCUGGGUCUCAGUUUGUCAUGGAGGGGGUCAAGAACCUGGUGAUCAAGCAGCAUAAUCUUCCGGUCACCAGGAUUCUGGACCAUCUGAUGGAGAUGAAGUCUCACCCGGAAACCGACAGUUAUCGCUACUUUGACCCCAAGAUGCUACGAGGCAGCGAGAGCUCCACCCCCAGGAACAAGAACCCCUUCCAGGAGGCUAUCGUGUUUGUGGUUGGAGGAGGGAACUACAUCGAGUACCAGAAUCUAGUGGACUAUGCAAAGGCUAAACCGGGGAAGAAGGUCCUCUAUGGCUGCAGUGAACUCUUCAACUCCACUCAGUUCAUCAAACAGCUCUCUCAACUCGGACAGAAGUGAAGUGAUGUAGAAAAAUCUCUCUCUCUCCCCUCUCUCCCACUCUCUCCCCUCUCUCCCUCUCUCUCCCCCUCUCUCUCUCUCCAUCCACCACAGUCCUAACUGUAUUCCAGGUGUUUUAUAAGAUGUACUGUAACUUGACUAAAUAUUUGUGACUGCUUUGCUCCAACUAAGAACCAAUAAAGUACAAAUUAACC